AUGAUAUCCUUAGACAAAGGCUGCUAUAUAGGGCAAGAGUUGACAGCUCGAACUGCUCAUACAGGAGUUAUCCGGCGAAGGAUAGUGCCGUUCAAAUGCGACAAAAAUGUAAAAGGAACGGUUAUGCAAGGCGAUAGAAAAGUCGGCGAGGUGAUCUCCUGUGGAAACGGACACGGUUUGGCUCUGAUAGUAUUAAACGCAUUUGGACAAGCGCUUAGCGUAGAGGGAUCUCCAAUUGUUGUUUUCAAGCCAUCGUGGAUGCCGGAAUCGGCCCUAAAAGCCAAGGAAAGGUGA